UGUAGCUAGGUCAGGCUCUGCAAUCGAAGGGAAAAUGUAACCUAGAAACGAAGAAAAAGACUCGUAAAAAAAUUCCGGAGAAGACGUCUCGAUGGCAGCCCUUUCUACGCCCUCAUCUGGAUGGAGUUAUGAUGUGUUCCUGAGCUUCAGAGGUGAAGACACUCGUAACACCUUUACCGGACAUCUCUACAAUGCGUUGGAUGAUGCUGGAAUUUAUACUUUCAAGGAUGAUGAAACACUCUCCACGGGGGAGGAGAUCGGCUCAGAGCUACUAUCUGCGAUCGAGGAAUCGAGAAUAUCGAUCCCCAUCUUCUCGAAGAACUACGCAUCAAGCAAAUGGUGCCUGAAUGAACUCGUCAAGAUAGUUGAAUGCAGGAAAACCAUGAAUCAACUUGUUCUUCCCAUCUUCUACGAUGUUGAUCCCUCGGACGUCCGUAAUUACACUGGGUGCUAUGCAAAGGCUCUUCAGAAACUCAACAAAAGGUUCCAUCAGACGAUCAUAAAGGAGUGGAAAGAGGCUCUGAGAGAGGUUGGGCAAUUGAAGGGAUGGGAUUUGAAGAAAAUCAAUAACGGGGGACAGAUAAAGUUGAAGGGCUCUGUAUUGACUUUGGAGGCAGUUCAAAAAGCCAACUCUGUUUGAUGAGUGAAGGAUUUUCUAAAAUGACUAAGCUCAGGUUACUCCAAGUUGAUUAUGCGCACUUUGUUCCAGACUUUGUGCCUUCUUUUUCGGAGCUGAUAUGGCUUAGUUGGAAAGGAUGUCCUAUGGAAUUUACACUAACGAAAUUUCAUCCAGUGAACCUCGUUGUUCUUGAUCUGUCAUAUAGUCUUGUUACAAUUAAUUGGAUGGGUUGGAAGUACAUCAAGGUGGCAAAAAAUCUGAAAGUUUUGAAUCUGGCAGGGUGUCAAUAUCUUGUGCGAACUCCUGAACUAGUAAAUAUUCGCUUGGAAGUCUUGAUUCUUGAAAACUGUAGUAAUUUGGUUGAGAUUGACAAAUCCAUCAACUAUCUUGAGAGGCUAGUCAUAUUGAAUAUGAGGAGAUGCACGAGACUAAGGGAACUCCCUUAUGGCAUCUGGGGGUUGAGUUCUCUCAGAAACCUCAACUUACAUCAGUGCGAAGGUGUGGAAAAAUUACCUGAUUCCAUAGGUUUUCUCAAAAACCUAGAGACCUUUGAUGCCAGCUUUUGUUUUUUCAAGGAUGGGGGAAUUCCAGAUGCUUUAGGGUGGCUAUCCUCUUUGGAAAUCUUGAGACUAGGUGGAAACAAUUUUUGUAGCCUACCAGUAACAGUUUCUAGCCUUUCCUCGCUCCAAACACUUGAUUUAAGGUUCUGCUACAGACUGAAAUCGCUCCCAGAGCUUCCUUCUAGUUUGAAAUAUUUUAAUGUUCUGAAAUGCAGAUCUUUGAAAUCAUUACCAAGGCUUUCAAACUUGACAAAUUUAGAGGUGUUAUGCCUUGAUGAUUAUGAAAAUCUGGUGGAGAUGCCAGCUUUGUCAGGCCUGAGUAAUUUAGAGAGAUUAAGUCUUGAUUAUUGUCAGAGCUUAACAAAGAUUGAAGUCCUCAAUGAAGGGUUGGACUCCCUACAACUGUUGGCGAUGAAAUACUGUGAAUCAUUAAGAGAAAUUGGGAUACACAGCUUGAAAAAACUGAAAGAAUUAAGAUUCGUGGGCUGCUCAAAAUUUAGGAUAUUGGAAAUUGAAGGUUGCGAGAAGUUACUCGAGAUUGAGGGCCUUGUGGGAUUGGAUUCCCUGGAGCAGUUGACAAUAAAGGGGUGCACAUCAUUAAUGCAAAUACCGGAACUGUCUGACUUGGAAAGACUAAGGAUGUUAGAAAUCUUGGACUGCAGAUUUAUGGAAAGAUUACCGCAUCUCUCCAACUUGAGAAACUUGAAGAAUCUAUCCUCUGCCGGGUGUGUCAAUCUAAAGGAGAUUCAAGGCCUCGAUGGAUUGAAAUCCUUGGAGACGUUGGAUUUUAAUAAUUGCAGAUCUAUGGAAAGAUUACCGGAUCUCUCCAACUUGACAAACUUGGAGC